UUUUAUGAAAUAAUUCAGAUUUUUUUUUAUUGUUUUAAAUUUCAAAUUGUUGAAAUAAGUUAAUUUCAUUCACAUUCGGAUAGUGAACCCUCUUGCCUUGCAUACGUGGCAGAUUUUUUUUUUGUUCCAAAAAUAAACUGUUGACGUGAUUGUAUAUUUUCGUUGAAAAAUGGCCAGUCCAAAAACUCGUCGAAUUUUAUCCGAUUUAAAGCCCACACAAGAUAACAAUUAUUGUUUUGAAUGUAAUGCACAUAAUCCUCAAUGGGCAUCCGUAACUUAUGGCAUUUGGAUAUGUUUGGAAUGUUCGGGUAAACAUCGUAGUCUUGGUGUUCAUCUAAGUUUUGUACGUUCUAUUACCAUGGAUAAAUGGAAAGAGAUUGAAUUGGCAAAAAUGAAAGCUGGUGGUAAUAGAAAAGCUAAAGAAUUUUUCAGUACUCAAGAUGAUUGGGAUGAUACUAUGCCAUUGAAUGAUAAAUAUAAUACACGUGCUGCAGCUCUUUACCGAGAUAAGAUUGCAACUGAAGCAAGAGGUGAAAAAUGGUCCAUAUCAACAUCAAAUGCUGAAAAUUAUGUACCAAAAAAAAUUAUUUCGAAUUCAUCAUCGACGACGAAUACUUCAUUUCAGAACCAAAAUUCAAGCACUAGUGGACGAACAUUCGAAGAAAACUGGGAUGAAAAUAGUUAUCAAAGUGGACCAAAUUAUGGUGGAUACUCAGGCUUUGGUUACAAUAUGAAAUCUUCUCAAUCAGAUUAUGGCAUAAAUUCUUGGUCAACAUUCUCAUCCACUUUCUCAAAUCUCACUUCAAACGCUUCAAGAAUGUUAUUACGCGCAUCAAAUGUAGCCAGCCAAAAAGUUUCAGAAAUGAGCGAUAAUGUCAACGAUAAAUUAAAAGAUGGAAUCAGCAUAAACGAUAUACAGAAUCAAGUCACUGGAAUAGGAUCAAAGGUCGCCGAUAUGAGCCGUCGUGGAUGGCAAGAUCUAUCAUUGAUGUUCAAUAAACGUUCAUCAUCAUAUGCAGAUCCAAAUGAUUCGUGUAUAUCAUCAAAUGAUAAUUUCUGCAAUGGUGGAUAUACCGGUAGUUAUCAAAAUAAUGAAAAACGAAAUUCAUCAGCUAUGCCUAAAUCAAAUAGCAAAGCUAAUGAUUGGGAAGAAUGGUGAUCGAAAAUGUAUUUUCUAUUCCUAUUUUAAAAUCGUGACCAUAAAUUGAAUCGAAUAAAUCAUUAUUAGUUUUAA